AUGAUUCCGAGGUCCCAAGGAAGAAAGCAAAAAUCCGAGUUCUCGAAAAGCACGACCAAUACCACGGACAAGGAAUCAACGACGAAAGACAAGGGUUCCAAAGAUGCUCGACUAAUCACGAAUCUUCCUGACGACGCUGCGAUACACUUUGGAAAUUUCUACGGUGUCGAAAAGAAUUCGAACAAACCGCGAGCUGGAAGAGUGAGAAGUCUUUUGGAUUCUGCCAGUCCAUCGUCUACUAGUUACAAGCCAACGCCGAGAGUGGAAUUCACCAGGCAGAUGGUUCACAAACUGGAACGAACAGCUGGUACGAAGGAAUACGCGCGACAAGUGUCAGCUUUAUUGGAGGAGACGGUCGAGCCGGCGCAUUUCAAGCUGCAUUCACUACCGACCGAGAAUUCGAUCCCGGACGGGAGGCACAAUCCCACGGGAUUCCCGCUCUGGUACAAGGAACCUUAUAAAAUGCCGUUCGCCUCGAACGAGGUUUACGAACUUCUCAGAGAGAAACUGCACGACGCUGAGAACGGAAAGGCGAGAGACAUUUUCAAAGAGGAUUCUUCCGAGAGAAGUUCCUUGAAGGAGUGGAGCGAGGACGAGCAAGUCGAGGACGACGGACCAAUGAAUUUCUUAACGACAGGGAAAUCUUCGAUGAAUUUGCUGUCCAAUGGCUCGUCUUCUGCUACAGCGGCGAAAGACACAGACUCGAUGGAAAGCAACGAAGCUUCUCUCGAUAGAAAGGGAAAAAAGUUAAACGAAUAA